CAUGCGCCUCGCUUACAGUCGGGAAGUAGAAGCACUUCCUCCUUCCUACCUCUCCUUGUUCUGAAACCAGCCUCUUAACACGGAUCACUUCAAUGGCGAGCCAGGCGCCCUUCACGGCUCCGAAACACUGACUUCUUCUGAGGGCGGGGGUUGGAAGGUCAGACCCUAACGCAGGAGCGGAUGUCAAGCCGGUUUCAGCCCUGAAAGCCUCUCCGUUUUAGUGCGUAAAAAGUGACCCGGAGUGAAAAGAACAAUGGCUGCGACGUAGCGCAACUUUUGGAUCCAGGGGUUGGAUGAUCGAGAGUGGGACUCCGUCGGUGCUGCUGGUGACUUUUGCGGACUAGAAGGAGAAUUGGAGCAGGACUUUUCAUCAUGAAGAAGCAGUUUAAUCGCAUGAGGCAGCUGGCCAACCAGACCGUUGGAAGAGCUGAAAAAACUGAGGUCCUGAGCGAUGACCUCCUUCAGAUCGAGAAGCGGAUGGAGCUGGUGCGGUUUGUGUCGCACAACACGCACAAGAGGCUGGUGUCCUGUCUGCAGGGUCAACUUGGCACCGACACGGAGAAAAGACAUAAAAAGCUGCCGCUGAUGGGGCUCUCCCAGACCAUGCAGGAAGGUGGUGUUCAGCUGGGGGACGAGAGUGUGAUUGGCAAGAUGUUAGAGGUGUGUGGCGAGACAGAAAGCCGGUUAUCCACCGAACUUCUGCAGCAUGAGUUGCAGAUUGAAAGAGAUAUUCUGGAUCCUCUCAACCAGCUGGCAGAGGUGGAGAUUCCUAACAUACUGAAACAGAGGAAACAGCUCGCCAAACUGGUUCUGGACUAUGACUCGGCGAAGACGAGGUGGUUUCAGGCAACAAAGUCCUACAACCAGGCCAUGACCUCUAAGGUAGACUCGCUCAAGGAUGAGAUGGACGAAGCUCUUAAUAAAGUGGAAAUAUGCAAGGACCAGCUGUCUGCAGAUAUGUACAGCUUUGCCUCAAAAGAGGGUGAAUACGCACGCUACUAUGUCAUGUUAUUAGAAGCCCAGGCAGAGUAUCACAGGAGGUCUCUGGCUGCUCUUGAAGCAGCUAUUCCCAACAUCCAAACGCAGCAAGAUUCGUGGAUGGAGAAGCCCGCAUUCGGCACGGAGCUGGAGGAGCACCUCAAGAGGAGCAACCGAGAGAUCGCUCUGCCACUAGAGGCCUGCGUCAUGAUGCUGCUGGAGACUGGCAUGAGGGAAGAGGGACUCUUCCGGAUCGCUGCUGGAGCUUCAAAGCUUAAAAAGCUGAAAGCAGCGUUGGAUUGCUCCACUUCGCAGCUCGAGGAGUUCUACUCAGAUCCACACGCAGUCGCUGGAGCCCUGAAGUCCUACCUCAGGGAACUACCCGAGCCGCUAAUGACGUUUAGCCUGUACGAUGAAUGGAUACAGGCCUCCAACAUAUCUGACUCCGACAAGAGGCUUCAGGCUCUUUGGGUGACAUGUGACCAUUUGCCGAAGGCUCACAAAGCUAACUUCAAGUACCUGGUGAAGUUCCUGGCUAAACUGGCUCAGGAAAGUGAGGUCAAUAAAAUGACUCCCAGCAACAUCGCCAUCGUCCUGGGGCCAAACCUGCUCUGGGCAAAAACAGAGGGGACGCUGGCAGAGAUGGCAGCAGCUACGUCUGUCCACGUUGUGGCCAUCAUCGAACCAAUCAUCCAACAUGCUGAUUGGUUUUUCCCUGAAGAGGUGGACUUCAAUGUUUCAGGCAUGUUUUCCAUGCCGAGCCACCCACCGACCCCAGACCUGGAACCCGGGCUGGACAGGAAGCGCCCCGGCAGCACUGGGCAUGAGGGGGACGCUCACACGCCCCGUAAAGACAGCCCUGUUAACAAACAUCCGGAGCCCGCUCCACGCAGAACCGGCACUGUAAAUAGAAAGCAGACACAGCUAACCUCACCCACCUUCAAACCCACACUGCCCCCUCUGGAAACCGGGGGUCCCUACCUGCCCGAGCCGCAGUCCCCCCAGGUUCAGUCGCCAACUCCGGAGGUGCAGCAGCCGGGUCUGAGCGCUGCCGCUGGUGCUGGUGGUGGCGGUGAGGCUCAGGGGGGUGGGGUCCAGGCAGCUGCAGUGCAGCGUCAGGUUGUAACGCAGCUCAGCGCAGAGGACAGCAGCCACGCCCGUGAGCCCAUGUCCACCCCUCCUCUGCAGAGGAACGGUUCGCCUCAUCUUACGGUCGGAACCCCGCACUCACAGGGGGGGUCAAGAGGGCCGAGUCCACAUAUGGUCCGCAGAGGCACCAAAAAGCAGGCGCCACCUCCGCCCAAACAGCCCAGCCCGUUCGCCUCUCAGUCCAGCAGCCCCCAGCCGCCCGGCUCUCCCUGUCACCCGCCCCUCGCGUCUCGUCGUCACUCCAGCAAAGAUUUCAUCCAUGCACCGAGCCACCCACCGCCGCAGCCUCCUCAAGCCCACCAGCCCGCGCCGGGAGACCCCGAGCCAUCGCCACCAAGAACUCCCACUCCUCCUGAUACUCCGCCGCUAAACCCCACUGGAUCUCUGCCUCGCCCUGCCAAGCCCGCCCCGAAACCCAGACCGCGACCGAGCAUGCCGCCGCCCCCACAGCCUGCAGCCAAUGACAACGGUAAUGGCGUCUGCGGCUCUGCGUCCAAGGUCAUAACAGAUGGAGGCCUGGUUAUAAAGGGGAUUGGAAGAGCUUUUAUCCCUCAGGUGAUCGAGGAGCAACAAGUGAAGGGUUCUGCUGGUCAAGAGCCCACCUCCACUUUGACCCUGCAUCCAAACCUCCAUAUCGAGACAGAGAACACUCCUCUGUAGAAGAUUCUCCAGCUUUUAUCGUCAAUCUGAGACAAAGCAUCAGUUCUACCUACAUGAUGCCAAUAACUUUUUUUUAAUUUUUUUUUGUCUGCUUCACUGAGUCAAACCAGAAGCCUCGUUGUACGGUGGAGUCUUAAACCACAAAGCCCCUGUGCUGCCAUCCCUUGCAACAUUGAACUCUUUUUGCUGCAUGUUCUGCUGGGCGUUCAGAGAUUGGGUCGAGGAACCAACGUUUAAAAGUCCUCAAUUAUAUAGCAGCUUAACUAAAGGAAAAAAAAAAAGAGUGCUGGAAAAGUUUCACUUUAUUUGUACCUUUCUUCUUUUUAUGCCAAAGUGUCAAAGCGAGACGUUUCGUUUGGAGACUUGUAUCUCGGUGCGGUUUCAGCUUUUUUCAUUUUAGCCUGCGACAUAUCGAGGAGAAGAUUUGAAUUCAAACUGUCGUCUAUUUAUCAUGAAACUAAACUGUAUUUUCUUUCCAACUUCUGCGGUUUGAUCUCACCUAAUGUGAUGUUCACACUCUGCAGGAAGGUAUUAAGGAAUGGCUAAAGGGCCAAAGAUAAUUUUGACUUGUUUGGCACACAGUAAGAGUUGCAAAGACCAAAUAGUUUUGGGAAGGGUGCAAUAAGAAAUGCAGUUGUCUUCCACUGAUGGCCUGUUCAGAGCAUGUUGCCGCCAUUUCAGGCGGAUUUACAGAAAUAUCUUAUAGGGUGGGCUUUGAUUGUUUUCUUACUUUUAAUCAGGAUUUAUUUUUUUUUGAUAUUCACUUAGCUGAUUUUUAAAUGUGGAAAAAGUACUAUUUGAUGCUUCACGAUUUGCUUUUAUUGUUAAAAGGGACUAUCUUGUUUUUGUAACCAAUCACUCUUAAUCCAAAUUCAAAGCUUCGAACAAAUACGGGAAAACAAUUAAAAUCCUUUUUUUGAGUACGA